GGCUCACUGUUAUCAGUUUAGCAGAUCGUUUGGAUUUGGGAGCUGAGAUGGAUUUGCCUCUUGACCUGUGCAGCCGAACGCUCAUCAUAUCUGAGGAGAUGAUAUUACAUGAGAGCAAGCACCACUCUCUCAAGGUCACAGUGUUUGUCUACAACGACCUGAUGCUGGUGACAAGGGAAAAUGAGCCAGGCAGGUGUAACGUCCUUCAGAGUCCCCUGUACCUCAGACAGCUCCGGCUCCAGGACGAUUAUGCUGAAGAACUGAGAUUCUACCUUAUUCACAUGACAGAGAAGUGUGACUGCCUGCUCAGCCUGGAAGCCUAUUCAGCAGACCAGAAGCGCCGCGUGUGUCAGUGCCUGAAGGACAAUAUUGACAAGCAGCUCCAGCUUCACAGGAGGGAGCCUCACGUCCCACAUUUUGAACAGAUGUCGGAGCCUAAGGUGGAUGCCCCCUCAUGUGAGCUGGGCGGAGCAGGAGAUCGAGGAGGUGUGUCCCUCCACCUUCCCCCCCGCAGCUCAGAAGGUGAAGAAAGCAGUCUAUAUCCUUCCAGCCCCUCGGAGCCCCCAACCCUUGGCAGUCCUCACCCCUCGGAGCCACUCACCCCUUUGGAUGAGGUCUACAUGCCCCUUGGAGGUCUGAUGGGGUCCGAGGAGCGGCAUAAGGUGCCUCCCACACCACCUCCCUCCACCGAGGGUGAGGAUUGCAAGAGCAUGGAGGGAAACGAGAUGGAGAUCUGGAGAGAGAUGAAGGAUUUGGAGAACAGAAGGGAGGAGGAGGAGGAGGAGGAAGAUGGGGCCAGCAGAAAGAGUACUUUAAGUGAGGGGGAAGAGAAAGAAGAAGGAGGAGAGGAGGGCGAGAUGAACGACGAGGAGGUCAACCUAAACCUGGUGGUGUCGAACACAGAUGAGGACAAUGCCUCAGAGCCACCUGACACCAACGCUCCUCCAUCCUCCUCCUCAUCUUCAUUUGUCAUCCCUGAGCUGCGCCUUGAUCGCUCCUUUAGUGCCGAUGCCCUCUCCUCACCCAACACUGAUGACGAAGACUACGAUGAGGAUGAUGACGAGGAGUCUGACGAAGAGGACGAUGAAGACGACAGUGACGAUGCCUACCUGCAGCGCAGUGACAGCAAGCGCCGCAGCAUGGUGGAGGGUGCCACCUGUGAGAAACAUGGAGGAGGGGGGCUCAGUGUGCAGAAUUCCCUCCGCAGACGCACCCACAGUGAAGGAAGCCUCCUGCAGGACCCCCGCACGCCAUGCUUCACCUCCGACAACGCCAUCAACUGCCUAGAGGCGGGGGGAGCACACCACAAGGGCGGCUGGACACUCCCAUCACCCAAAACCCUGAAGAAAGAGCUGACCAAGAAUGGAGGCUCCAUGCAUCAGCUGUGUAUGCUGUUCUCUGGGAGGAAGCUGAGCUCCGGAUCCCCCUGUAGCUGCGAGGUCGGCCCCGAAGGGACAAAGAAAAAGAAAUCCAAGAACCUGGCCAAAGACAUGAAGAAUCGGCUGGCUUUCCUGCGGAGGAGGAAUGAAUCCCCAGGAAGCAACCCAGCCAGCAAGUUAGACAAAUCUAUGAAGUCAGUCAAGCCCACCCCGGAGGAAGCACUGAAAUGGGGGGACUCGCUUGACAAACUGCUGGGACACAAAUAUGGUCUGGCAGCGUUCAGAGCUUUCCUGCGCACAGAGUUCAGCGAGGAGAAUCUGGAAUUCUGGCUAGCAUGUGAGGAAUACAAGAAGAUCAAGUCACAGUCCAAGAUGGCCUCAAAAGCCAAGAAAAUCUUUGCAGAAUACAUCGCUAUCCAGUCUUGUAAAGAGGUAAAUCUGGAUUCGUACACCAGAGAUCACACUAAGGACAACCUGCAGAAUGUGACACGCUCCUGCUUUGACCUAGCGCAGAGGCGGAUAUACGGGCUGAUGGAGAAGGACUCAUAUCCCCGCUUCCUCCGCUCAGAACUCUACUUGGACUUAAUCAACCAAAAAAAGCCCAGCUCCACUUCGACUUCAUCUUCAUCAUAAGAGACCAGAAAAAGCUAGAAAGAAGGAGAAGAGAAAGAUGAUGAUUGAUGAUGAUGAUGAUGAUGAUGAUGACUUGAAAAACAUACAGUGGGUGGGUGGGAUGUGAGGUUCUUUGUUUGCCUUUUUUUAAUUUUUCUUUUUGUGUCUGUCAUCCUGUUCACUAUAAUUUUUUUUUUUGUUGUUGUUGUUGUUGUUUUUAUGGUGUGAGAGGACGCGGCAAAGCUAUGGCACUGCAAAGGAAUGUAGUUUACACAGUUACCAGGUGGAUGGAUGAAUGGAUGGACUGAUGAAUGCAUGAAUGGAUGUUACUAAAAAAUACAGAAGCCCACAAUCGAGGGCUGGAGCAGGAGCUGGACGCUUGUCUGAUCACUGUUGCGUGUUUUUUUUUUUUUCUGUCAGUCUCUUGUAAGGAAAAAAAAAAAAGACAUUUGUUUGUGUUUUUAAGUUUUUGUCCAGUUGUACUGGAGAAAAGGAGGGGUUGUUCAAAAAAAACCCUGCAGACAUGAAGACAGUCCGGUACUGUUUUGUCACUUUUUUCCUUUAUUUCCCUUUUGAAACUCCCACUUUAAAUCCCCUCCUUUCCUCCACCACGUCCUCUGUGAAGCCACUUCAAAAGCUGUUGGUACGACACAACGUCCUCUUCCUCGUGUUUUUUUUUUUUUUUCUUUCAUCAAGCUCCAAACUGUAUGAUGGACAGAAGAGAAAAAGAAAAGAUGAUGUCUGAAUGAAAACUAGUGUUGUGGCUCAGUUUCACAUGCAUCUCUGUUAAACUCUACAUCCUCUUAAAGCUUCUAUAAACAGCUUCCAACUUAUUCAGUUCAUCCCAAGACUGUGGAAAGAUACUGUGAGCGUUCAACGGGGACAGAGGCGGAGACAGCGACGGGCAAAGAACACAAAUGUAUAAAUAACGGAUGGACUGGAGCUGUGAAGAAACACAGACGUGUCAUUCUCACAUUAAAAGACGAGAAGAUCAAGUCACAGUCCAAAAGACAUUCAAAAUCACAUUCAAAGCCAGAGAUGGAAAAAAAAAAUUAAAAAACGACGACUUGCUUCCUUCCUCUCUCCAAAGACUGUUUACAACAAGGAAUGAAAACACAAGAAGCAAAAGAGAAAAUGUUCGGUGCAGCCAAACGCCAUUUCCUUUAACAUUGUAGCUCAUUCUGGACUAAUCGAGGAAGCGUUCUCAGGACAUUGCUAUGACAGGUUCCAGCUUGGUUUAUCUUCUCAGCUGUUUCUGUUUUUCUACACACGCUCGCUGUUUUUAUAUGCUUUAGGGUUCCUACCUGCCCUUCUGUAGUUCUACUGAGCAAUACACGAGAGGUUGCUCCUUUCAUAGUCUGAGGAAAAAAAAAACUGCUUCAUGUUGUACAAAGGUUUUCGCCUAUUUAUUUAGAUUAACUUGCUGGAUGCUUCUACAGACACCCUCACCUCCUCCAAAGCACUCGGCUAAAAGCUCUCACUUUCCUCUUAACCACCAAACAGGUCCAAUGCUGUCCUGAACUUUAAGUGCAAUAUUUUUUUAUUCUUUAUUUUAUUUUAUUAUUAUUUUGGUUUGUUCAUUUAUUUGGAUAAUUUUGAAUUUUUAUGGGGAAGACGAAACGGCUUGAGCUCUGUAUUAACUUUAUUUGUUAAGAAAAAAAAAAACGUAGAGCUAUAAGGUUGACUUACAACGUAAACUUUCAAGAAGCAUAAGUAGUUUAAUGAAUUUUAAGCAAGUGAUUCUAACUGUGUGUUAACCCCUGGCAGCAGGCAGCUGGGGACGUUAUGGUUGUAAAUAUAAUUCUUUAAGAAAACUAUGUGAUAACACAUUAAAAACAAACAAAAACAAAAAGCUGAUAGGUCUCUGCUGGUGAUGAAUGUGGGACCCAGCUGUAUCUAUGUAAAUAUGAGAGACUCAAAACUAUAAGAUGACAUGUAUUGUUAAAACAUUAGGUGAGCAAGAGCAGGUACAAUCUGCUCUUUUCCCUGGUCAUACACUGCUUGUAAGGAGUUUUCUGAAAUGCAUUUUAUCAUUUUCACUGUUUACAAUUCAAAAUGCAUCUCCUAUGAUAGCAAGUGAAAACAGUAGAGUACAUUUGGUGUCAUUGCUAAUGAUAAAUAAACCAACCAACUGAAGAAGUAA